AGAAAGAGCGACAGGAUGCCACCCACUCAGACAGGAUGCACGCCUCUCAGAGGCUGCCAGGCUGACAGAGAGAGAGGACUGCGGGGGGUCCUCCGGACAAUUCCACAAGAGGCAGAAGCGGAGCGUGAACGACAGCCGCAGCACGGGUUGGGAAAAUAACGGGAAAGCUGAACGGACGGUCGACCGGAGAGCGCAAACAAGAUCGAGGGACCCGUCUGAAACGGUUUUGUGUGGACAAGACUAUGCUCCAGCUAGAGGGCACCAAGUGCAGGUUCCUGGUCUGCCUGGGACUUUGCGUCUUCAUCUGUUCUGCCAUCUACCUAAAGGCCAAGGUGUCCAACAGCCCCACCACCCAAUACAACUCCACUUUAGUCCACACGGUCCGCUGCAGACCUUUCCCCCGGGCCUGCAAGGAGCUCCUGGGUGGCAGGGAGGGCACGGAAUGGGAGCGCGGGACGUGCCUGACGGAGGCCUACCUCACCGCACCCAACCUCAACUGCUCCCGCGUGGCCGGCAACCUGCACUUCAUCACCAGCGCCCUGAGCAGCGAGGAAGAGGAGUACCCGCUGGCCUUCAUCAUCACCAUCCACAAGGAGCUGGAGAUGUUUGUGAGGCUCCUCCGGGCGGUGUACGCCCCGCAGAACGUGUACUGCGUCCACGUGGACGGCAAGGCUCCGCCGUGGUACAAGGAGGCCGUGGAGCGGCUCGCCGGGUGCUUCCCCAACGUCUUCCUGGCCUCGACCAGCGAGAGGGUGACGUACGCCGGCUUCUCCAGGCUCCAGGCCGACAUCAACUGCAUGCGGGACUUGGUGAAGUCGCCGGUGCCUUGGAGGAAGGUGUUCAACCUCUGCGGCCAGGACUUCCCCAUCAUGAGCAACCUGGAGCUGGUGCGCUACCUCCAGAGCAAGCAGUGGAGGGACCGCAACAUGACACCGGGGGUCAAGCAGCCGCCGGCCAUCAGGCACCGCACCGAACGGCAGUACAAGGAGGUGGACGGCUCCCACACGGUCCCCAAGGGCCAGGGGCGCAAGAAAGGGCCCCCGCCACACAAACUGCAGAUAUACUUCGGGACUGCCUACUACGCCCUCACCAGGCCAUUCGUGGACUUUGUGCUGCAGAACAAGGUGGCCAAGGACCUGCUGGAGUGGUCCAAAGACACGUACAGCCCAGACGAGCACUACUGGGUGACUCUAAACCACUUAGUGGAUGCACCAGGAAACCAUGUAAACGGCGGCUGGGAGGGAGGGAUCCGUGCAAUUAAAUGGUCGGACCAGGAGGGAAAGUCACAUCCCGGCUGCAAAGGGAGGUACGUCAGAGGCAUCUGUGUGUACGGACUCGAGGACCUGCAGUGGAUCGUCAACAGGAGGAACAUGUUCGCCAACAAGUUUGCGCCCUCAUCCUUCCCGGAGGCCGUGGACUGCGUGGAGGAGUGGCACCGGCAGAAGGUGCUUCGGCAAGCAGAAAUUCCCAUAAAGCGAGCGUGGCGACUCACGGUGGAGACCCGCGAGGUCGCCGGAAGAGCGAACCUCACAACGGGCCCUUCCUAGGGCUCAGCGACUGCCCAGCCCAAUGGGCCCAAGGCGUACGGUUUUUGUCAAGGGCAGAAACCGUGCCAAAGGAAAAUACGUAAACUGGGAAAGUAUGGCGGCCAGCACUGAGCCCAAAAACCCGAAACCCAUUCAUGAAUAUCAGUACACAGCAUAGUUCAGCACAAGGAAGAAGGCCUCUGUUUUCUUCCAAAAAAAAAAGAAAAAAAAGAAAUUCUUCAUUUUUCAAAGGCUCGAGUGGAGAGUAGGCUGGGCCCAACGCUUCAGAAAUUCCAGGGUUUGAGCUCAUUAAGGCAGCUAUGACCAGGUGCUGGCAUCAGGACGAGACUGAACAUGUCCUGGUAUGCUGACCACGGUCGACUUUGUUCCUUUCUUCCAGGUACUAAGUGGCUAUCGUCAACUAGAAUAUAGCCUACACCUCUCGCCACAUCAGUGCUACCCCUCUAGCUCUACAGUAAUGUGUGGCAUGUAUGCAAAAUGGCCGCUGGCCCAGGGGUGAGCACAUUGGAGGACUGCCCAGCUUCGCAGGGUUUAUCCUGGCUUAUGAGGCAGAGGCGGCUUCAAUCGAGAUCAAGUUAGGAAAUGUAGCACAUCUUCUUAUUGAUACGAAUUUUAACGGCCAGUAAUGAUCAGAUGAUGUCUUAUCACCUGCUCCAGAAAAGUUGAAAACAUUACGUUAUGUUAUUAAACUGAUAGGGUAUAAUCCAGGGAAGUUUUUGUUUGUAAAUAUUGGAUGUUGUUGGGUGCAAAAGAAAACCAGAUUUAGGCUACCUGACGGAAUAGAGUCUGAUGAUGCACUCCAUGGAUACAGUGCUGUAGCUUUGCUUUCUACUUCAGUAGUGCCUUUUCUGGUGCAUUGCGCUGAUUAUGAGACAGCACCUUAUUCGGAGUAAUGCCACCAUUGCAGUUACACAUGAUAGAAAUCCACCGAGCGCAAUGCUUGCAUUUAUGAUCAUUUGUGCCGACACCAGUCAGAAUUUUGUGGAGGCAGCACAAAAUUCGAUUGAGGCGGCCGCCAAAUAACCUUUGAAUGUAGUCCAAUUUUCCAUACUGCCCAGCCUGUUAGAAGAUUCUAUUCUACAAACACUACAAAGCCACAGCAUGAGAAAAUGGUGUAUCCAAAUAGCAACCCCGACUUCCACCGAUACUAUCAUUUAAUUUGCCCCAAAUAAUUAAAGACUGAAUAACAGGACGACCAUUUUCGUCAGAGUGAGAGAAUACAGAGAGCAGAAAGCCUUCUGAAAGGGAACAGGUCUCCCAUAUUGCAUCAUGACCGGAGACUGUGAGCAGUUUCUCAUUAACAGCCAGAGUACGCUAAUGACUCCAGGUCGACGAUGCACCGUUAACUCCAGAGAAUUAACGAAGGACCCUCAGCUGGGUCCUCGUUUCCAUUAGAAUACCGAGCCACGCGGGAUGCUACGACGUGUGCUCAACUCCCCGACUGACGUAAGGAGAUCGCAAUGAGACGCCUCCGUUCACCUUCCCCAUAAACUAAGAUGGCCGCCUCUUUUACUUCGGUCCGGGGCUAUUUGGCGGACGCACUUAUCCUCACGUAUAUUCUUGCUCAGGAGGAUCGGUCACUGUGUUUUGUGCUGGAAUAGCCUGCGGCCCACAGUUCAGAACAUGGAGGCUGAGGUCAGAGAAAGGCAGCUUUUAUGAAGAAGUGCUCCUGUUUGCUAAAAACAGAUUCAAGACUACUUUCAUUUUGAAAGCCAGGUGGACAUUUUUAUUUUAUUUUUUUAAACAGACCCAAAAAAUACAACAGUCUUAAAAGUUCAGGGGUAACAUGCAAGAGCCAAAAUACAUACCGUAUGGCAAUAAACUCCUUGAGAUUAUAUUUAAAUACCAAACACUUCUUAAUGACUCUUCUUGAGUCACACAAAGAAAUGUGACUAUAAUAUAUCUAUAUAAUAUAUUUAUAUAAAUAAUUAAUAUUUAAAAAACAGCUGAUGUUUCAUCCAUUGGCUUACCACCAGGUACAUCUUUAAGAUAUUUAUUUAUUAGAAAUAUUACUCAAAAUGUUGAAUGUGAAACAUGAAUUGUAAUGUUUAUGAAGUAAAACUUUGUUUUGUAAUGUGGCAGUUACUUUAAAAGCAAGUGUGUUUAUAUGAAUACUUAGACAUAAGAUAUUAAAACUACUUCUUUAAUAUAACAUCUUGAAUAAAAACAACCUUUUGCAGCCUUGUAUAGGUAUUAUAAAUCAAAUAAUUAAGACAGAUACACAAGGGCGUAGGUUUGAUUUUGAGAUUGGUAGGGACAAAUGUGGGAGGUUCGGAGGCAAUGUAAUCCCCACUGAAAGCUAAGGCGUUUUGCAUUUAUGAUAGACUUCUGACUGCCAUUUCAUGUCAUCUAGAGCUUUAAUUUAUAGAUUUAUUUAUGGUGACCAACCCACUCUUUAACGGACAAACAGACACAGGGGUGGAGCACGUUAAUGAAUCCUUUACUCAAAUUUGAUUGCUGAAUAGGACUUUGAAGAGCACAUUUGUGUUUUAAGGGAGGUACUGUUGCUUAUUCAAACCAAUGAUCUGUAAAGAUGCAUUUACAUUAAGAAUAAUAACAAUAAGAUUAUUAUUAUAAGACAAAUAAGAUGUUGAAGAUUGGAGGGAACAAUUAUAGUGACUAAUACAAGUUUGAACGACUUAGUUUGAGUGUUAUUGAAAAUACAGCGGUGUCAUGUUCCAGUUUAUUCUCCUUCCCUUGUCCCUGGCGUCUGCACUCACACCUUUGCCUUGAGCUAUUGCGUUGGUGUGCUACACCUUCGUUUUGACCAUGGCGUUGUCACAUCCUUAUUUUAGCCACAGUCUGUGGUUCUAGCACAUAGCGAUGAUCAGUAACUAAAUUAUAAAGCUAGCUAAUCGUUCUCAAAAAUACGCAACUAAACCAACUGUGUCUGUUAAUUAAUUGGCUAACUGGGUAGAACGCGUCUUUUAGUUUAAAAUGACAGAUUUCACAGGACUGUUGGCAACACUAAAUCAAACAACGAUUAGCUGUUGUACAGUCAUUCAUGGACAACAAGCUGACAAUGCAAUAUUGGUAAACCCUGUAACGUAAACUCACCAUAUUCCGAACAUCAAGUUAGCCUACUAUGCUCCAAAUAGUGCAACUUUCAUGACAAAUAAAUACAAAAUUUGGCUACUUCCAGACCAGCUUUGGUCUAAUUCCUUCCGGUUUCAUAUUAAUUGGUAUGAGUCACAUACACAAUCCAUUUCAGCAUAUAGUGACAUGGUACUGGUGAUCCACUGUAAUAUUGUGGUGGGGAAGCCGUUACUAACGAGAGACUACCAACCGGGCAGGCUACCUGCAUAACAGAGUAGCUAGGUGUUCAGUGAACUAGCACAGUCUUCCGAACACAGGGAUGUCGUGCAGUUAUUUGUCAUUUUCUCUAUAAAUAUUGUUCCAAAUCACAUCAAUCAAAGUGUUUAGUAUUUGGGAUGGUCAAUUAGCAACCAUAAUCAUAAACCACAUUGAUCAGGAGAAAAAAACACCAUUGUACGGCCACUUUUACUGUUUACGUUACGCUUAUACAAAUACCACAGUACCCCUGCAAAUUCAACUCCUGUUCCUGUCCCAAUCUAGCCUUUAAAAAAAAUGCAAUACUUUAGAAAUAAGAAAGGAGCAUAUGAUUUCAUAAUCUUUGUGAUAGGUCGUUAUGGGUGUAGAAACCAGAAAGCUGUGAUUUUAGUGCUGAAUUUAAAGCACUUUAAAGCUAUAUUUUAUGUAUGAAAUGUGCUACAUAAAGGUGCUAGAUAAAUAAAGCUUAUAAUUAUUAUUUUAAAAUGCUGCCUUUUAAGUGUUACCCCUCCCACCUAAAGCUCAUGGCUACAUUAUGCAGCUCGUUGACACCCCCAGACCUAUGUCCUGCCCCCAAUCUCUCCAGACCCUCCAAAGCAGUGGCUGAUGGGCCAGUUUUUACACCUCGGUCACUUCUAGUUGAGAAACUGACAGCCGCUCAAAAAACUGAUUUCACAAAAUCACUUCUGUCACACAGACAGCCUACUUUAACAGGCUGUAUCUCCAAAACGGAUUGGCCAAUCCCGAUCUUCUAGUUUCAAAAAAUAAAGAAAAAUUAGAUCUCCGCUAACCGCGUUGAGUCACGUAUGUCAGGAGGUGUAAUCAGAGAUUUUAACCGAGGCCUAGGCGGGAUCUGAAUCCCGGGCUCUCACUCUUCAGCAGUCGCUUGACAGAGAUUUUACUCUGUAAAAGGUUUUAUGAAAGAUUACAUUAAAUUAUUGCUAAUAGAUUACGUAUUAUAUUACAUACGUUAUAUAGGCAACAUCAUAUGCUUAAUUACGAAAUGCCGUUUGAAAGAUUUCCAGUUAUCGUAAUGCAGUUUUAUCAUCUUUUAAAGAAGCCCAGUGAAAAGAUGCACAGAGCUUCUAAAUUAUGAAAUAACAUUGACGUUAUUGUAAUUAACGACUCCUUUAUGAAGCCGAAUGAGGCACUGAACUGUCCCAGUGUUGUGUAGUCUUGUCCUGUGCCACCUGUUUCCCGUCGCCCGGCAGCUGGACUGCGGGGCGGAACAGAGAUGCGGCAGUUACAGACAGGCGUGGGAAUUACCGACAGACAGACCGUCGGUUGCCAUGGCACCGCAGAGCCCUUUAAUCAGCGCUAACAGGCCGCUACGAAAGUCCCGCCGAUACGGCCGCAGACCCGCCAGCGCAGACAGAUACCGGUCGCUAAGAUAACGGCAGGCACCAGCGCGGCUGGGUCGCAUUCAGCGUCGGCCGCGUUCCUGCGCAGAAUGUCCCCGCUGCUAUUUUAGUGCGGCCCUUCAGCUCCUCAGAGUCCGCCCCGCUCCACGUCCUGUGUCUGUGUUCUUCCUGUCCCUGUACGACCUGUCCAAUAUAACCUGCCUUUCUUCGCUCUGGUUACAGCCACAUGCUGAAUAAAUAAAUUAUACUUCAGAAACCA